AUGGCGCGCCUCUGGCGCCUGCGGCUGGCUGGGAACGUCGAGCGGAUAGUGGGCCAUUUCACGUUUGCUGGCUUGGCACGUAGGGACUCCGACUCGGAGAAGGUGGCAGAGGUCGGGAGGCGGCAGGAGAGGUGGAGGCACAGGCAGCUCGAGGGAGGUACUCCAGCGAGGCCACGCGAGGUGCUCGAGGAGGUCGUCGGGGAGAAGGUCGAGCCCGAGCGGUUCGAGGAUGUGCCGAUCGACAUGGUGAGGGGGGAAUGGAGAGUGGCGUCGAGUGGAGGCUGGGAGCGGAGCGAGAGCAUCGCCACCCUCGAGGGCCGUUCACUCGUGCAUGCGCUUCGCUAUGACCUUCGAGACUCUCAUGCCGUGGGACGUCGCAUCCUCCUUCUGACUGACAGUAUGACGGCCACUCUGGCUCUGGGCAAGGGUCGCUCUUCCGCUCCGGGCAUGAUGCGCGUGGCGCGUCAGUUCGCCGCCUGGUGCCUGGCGGGAGGCGUGGUGGCCAGCGUCCGGUGGCUUCCCUCUGAGCGGAACCACGCCGAUGCUCCGUCGCGCCAGCGGAUGCCCAUCGGGGUGCGGCUCCACUUCGACGGCCGCGAUCACCAUCGCGCUGACGGUCAGCCCGCGGCUUGGCCGGUCCACGCGGGCAGGGGCUCCGACAGGGCCGCCGAUGGCAGGCUCGCCGCCCGUGAGCUCGCGGAGCUCGCCGCCCGGGAGGGAGCCUCCGCCCGCUGGGUUGGCUACCGGCGGCCCUGGCGGCAGGAGAACACCGGCGACAACUUCGCGUUCCGCCAGCGCCUGCACUCGCUGGACCCAGCGCCAUACUACGGCUACGACAAGCUCGGGGAGUUGUGCGCGGUGGCGGUCGCUUACGUGGACGAUCCGCCGCUGGGCAUCUCGCCCAAGUGCCCGGCCCUGUGCUACAGUUUUCAUGAGCUACUGCCGUGGGGCGACUGGGGAGGCUUACUGUUCACAUUCUGUGUUAAGCAGGCGUGGCGCGACGACGAGGGCGUUCUACAUCUACGACAGACCGAGUGCGCGAAUGCCAUCGAGGUGAUCGCGCUCAUCAAGGAGCGCAAUACGGAGCUCUCGUCGGAUGCGACGGCGGCCGAGUUUUCGGACAACCGCUCCGCUCUCGGAGCGCUCGGACGGCUCUCAUCGCAGACUCGACCAGAUCUAGCCGCCGGAGUGGCCAUGGGGCAACCCACCAUCCAGGAUUUGCUCGAGACGAAUCGACUCAUCAAGCUUGCGAGGAAGCACGCGGACGUGACUUUCUUUGCGGGAGCUAAGUUUUUACGCGGAGAUCGAGCCCGAGCAGGAAUCGUGGAUUGGAGAUCGCGCGCCCUCGAGCGAGUCUGCAGGUCUACUUUGGCAGCCAAGACGAUGUCGGCGGUGGGCGCCCCAGGCUGCGCUCAGAUUGCACGCCGUGUUUGCGCUUCGCUGGAGAUGUCGGAUGCCCAUCCGGAGGACAUCCCGCCGAGUUUGCUACCGCUUGCUCAGGUCACACAUUGCGCUAGCCUGUGCGAUACGAUGCAAAAAUACCGCUACUCCAAGCCCCCGCCAGAGCGGCGCCUUCUGCUAGACCUAAUAAACUUCAAGGAGUCCCUCGAGGAAGAGGUCAGCAACGAAUUCGCUGCCGACGAUCAGCGUAGCCAGCUGCCUCUCUUUUGGGUUCCUACGGGCCAGCAGCUCGGUGAUCAGUUCACCAAGAGAUCGGACGGCAGUGCCAUCAGGGCACUGCUGCGACAAACCCGCCUCGCAUUGCAGCAUCAGGAGCCGACGGACCGGGCCGGAGAGCACGAGGCGAAGAAGAAGAAGACGAGGGACCGCGUCUGCGGCGGCUGGAUCGGGUUCUUCAGGCUCCUCGACACGGACGGCAACGACCAGGUCGACAUCGAGGAGUUCGCGCAGACGCGCAUGCGGCUGGAGGGCGGCGCGGAGCCCUUGCAGCCCCAGCGCACCCUGAACAACCUCAACCUGGCGGCGUGCCUGGCAGCCCUCUCGCAGGCCCUCCCUGACCGCUCCGCCGCUGCGGCGCGGCGCACUCUGGUGCCGGCGGGUCAGGCUGACCGCGCGGAUGACGGCGGCUUCAUCGCCUUCUCGUUGUUGCGGCCAAUAGGCCCGACGGCCACCGCCAGCGACGCGGAGGGCGGCACGGUCUCUGAGCUCUACAGCGAGGGCCGCUGGCAGAGCUGGAGCCGCCGGCCAGACUGCUCGAGGCUCCCUGAGGCCCGGCUACCAGAGGACGUGCGGCUGACGGAGGUCGGGGCGCCCCUGGCGCUGGAGCCCUGCAUGCUCGCCUGCGAGUGCGCCGCCGCCUGCCUCGGCGUCCAGUUCGGGGUGGCCCACCAGCGCUGCCAG